CUCACAGUCGAGGGUGAUCAAGCAGGAAUAAAAUGGAUCGAAGGGUAUGGGCUAUCUUGGGGCUCUUUUCGCCUCCUCUUUCCCGUUCUUGAUGCUGGUGACCUAUAUAGGUAUAUGGGGAAUAUCCGUCCCCGGCCCUAAUGGCGCAGAGCUAGUGAGAAGACGAGACUUUAGCAGCAGCAAAAAACGAGCAAGUAGCACUGAGUUUCGUGGUGUUUCAAAAAGAAAAAACUGUGCGCAGUUGGCUAGGAAUUGUGGGAAGUAGAGGAGAUUGGCUUUAGAUAGCAGAUGGACUAAUGAGACGUGCUGUAUGCCUCUAAGGCUCGUCCGG